UCUUUUGCCAGUGGAGGUGGCUUCUUUACGCGACCAAUCAUCAUAUUAUUCAUCUCCCACAGACGCUCUUUCACACACACAAACACCUUAAAAACACACACACUCUCAAAAAAAUCCUAAAUUAUUCCCAUUUGAUCAUAUUUUAAAUCUUGUUUAUAAUGACAGGUUUCUUCAUUAUCUGAACAAUUCAAAUACCCAUUUAUUGCGCCAAAAUUGUGUUUUCUUGAUCUUUAACCAUUUCAUUUCACAAAAUUUGCCCAAAGUUUGUUGCUUUUCACAAUCUUGUAGUGAUUUAGCCACUUGGGUCUGUUUUUCUUUAUUUUCUUGAUUUUCUUGAAUUUCUUGAAUUUCUUGAAUUCAAAAUAAACUGCCAAAAUUGGGUUUUCUUGAUCUUUAAAUCUUUAAUUUCACGAAAUUAUCCUAAAGUUUGCUGCUUUUCACAAUCUUGUUGUGAUUUAGCCACUUGGGUCUGAUUUUUUUUUUUAAAUUUUCUUGAUCAAAUGGGUAAUGUUGGAAGCAACAAUUCCAACGGCCGGCGGCGCCACCGGGGCCGGCGGAGCAACCACCACACCCACCAACCACUACCGCCACCACCGCCGCCGCCGCAGCCGGACAUAACCAACCGGUAUGUAUUCGCAGCCGCCACACCAUACCCUACCCAAUACCCUAACCCUAACCCACCACCAUAUUACCAGUAUCCAACCGGAGCAUACUACCCACCACCACCACUUCCGGCGGUGCCGUUGCAACCACCACAUGACCACCACCGUGUUGCCGUGGAAGCUGCCACGUGGGUGGGUGGUGGGAGGUACCCUUGUGCUCCGGUUAUGCACUUGCCUACACCUUAUGUUGAUCAUCAAAAGGCUGUCACUAUUAGGAAUGAUGUUAACCUUAAAAAAGAGACUUUAAAGAUUGAAGCUGAUGAAGAAAACCCUGGAAAGUUCAUUGUUUCUUUCACUUUUGAUGCCACUGUUGCUUGCAGCAUAACCCUCUAUUUCUUUGCAAAAGAAGGAGAUAACUGUAACCUAACUUCCGUUAAAGAAGACUCGAUUCCGCCAAUAACCCUAAACUUCCAACAAGGUUUGGGCCAGAGGUUUCGACAAACACCAGGAACGGGAAUCGAUCUCUCAGCGUAUGACGAAUCGGAGCUAUCAAAAGGGAAUGACACGAGUGUAUACCCACUAGCCGUGAAAGCAGAAGCAAUUCCAAGUUCUUCACCAGAAGACGGGAAACAAUAUCCGAGUGUCACUAAUUCCCAAAUAACAGAUGCGGUGUUUGAGAAAGUCAAAGGUGAGUUUAAGGUUAAAGUAGUGAAACAAAUCUUGUGGGUGAACGGGAUUAGAUACGAGUUGCAGGAGAUUUAUGGCAUCGGGAAUUCGGUUGAUAGUGGCAAUGAUUUCGACGGGAGUAAAGAAUGUGUUAUUUGUUUAUCGGAACCUCGUGACACCACAGUUCUACCUUGUCGACACAUGUGUAUGUGCAGCGGGUGUGCGAAAGUCUUGAGGUUUCAAACGAACCGAUGCCCGAUAUGUCGGCAGACGGUUGAGAGGCUUUUGGAAAUCAAGGUCAACAACCGAGCCGAAUAAUGAGGUUGCGACAGCAACGUUGUUGUUCGUAUGGCUUCUGGUGUUUGAACACACACCAAAACGAAUCGGGGCACCCACUGACGUCGUGGGUUUGGAAUAAUAUAAGUGUGAUGAUUGGCCAGAUUCGGUGGCUUUUAGUUAAACCCGAAUCGGGCUAUAUUAAUGUGAUUGUGUUUGGUGCUUAUGGCACCAUGAUUUUAGAGUGUAUGGUUUGAAAUGUUGUUGAUUGAUGUUCACAUUUAUCCUAUGUUCAGUGGACAGUUUUAAGUUAAACAAAGAUGCUGACUUGGAUGGCUAAACAUGUCAAUUGUAAUAGAAGUGAUUUUUUUUUUAUAAUGUAUCAAGUUAUCUUUGAUUCA